ACUAAGCAAGUUCGUUCCCAGACACUGGUAUUCCCAAGGCUGGCUCGAUAUUCACGAUUUCAACGGAUAGACCGAAAGAUCAGAUGGGUCAUCAAGAAACCGACUCGUAAACUUGUUUGUAAUAAUAAUGUUUCACUAAUUUGCUUUCAGUUGUUGUGGAAGUAGGAAUAAACAUGGGUGAUACUGGACUAUUUCGAAGUGCUGUCAUACUUUUUGGACUAUUUAAUGUGUGUUAUACACAAUCCUACGACUCAUGUUUCACUCCCAGGAACGAGAAUGGGGACUGUAAGGUCAUCAGUUCGUGUCCAAGUUUAUUUGCCCUCUUAGAAAAGCGACCUAUCAAAUCUCAAGAUGCGGAUUACCUAAGACGUUCCCAGUGUGGUUUUGAAGGAACCUUACCGAAAGUAUGCUGCCCAUUAGGAGGUCAAACAUCUUCAACAUCCAAACCAGUGAUUGAUCAUAAUAUGGAACUGAAGCCAUCUAAGAGCUCUCUCUUGCCCUCAACCGAGAUGUGUGGUAUCAGUACUCAAGAUAAAAUAUAUGGUGGAACUGAAGCGGGUCUACAGGAAUUUCCUUGGAUGGCGUUGGUGGAAUACGAAAGAGACGAUAGAAGACAUGGAUUCUACUGUGGAGGUGUCUUGAUCAAUUCGCGAUAUAUUUUAACAGCUGCUCAUUGCAUAAAGGGAAAAGACUUACCAAAAACAUGGAAACUAGUGAGUGUUCGACUUGGAGAACAUAAUACCGACAAUGAGACAGACUGUUACGACAACGGUUUUACAGUUCAGUGCUCGCCUCCCCCCAUAAAUGUACCUGUUGAGGAAACUGUAGCACAUGAACAAUACGAUGCAUAUGAUGUAAAUCAGUAUCAUGAUAUAGGUUUACUCAGACUAGCCAGGGAAGUUACAUUUACAGCUAACGUCAAACCAAUCUGUUUACCGAAAACUGCAAAUGAUCAAACCAAAAGUUUCGUUGGAAAAAAACUGACAGUGGCUGGUUGGGGUAAAACCGAAACCAGGUCAGAGAGCUCUGUGAAACUGAAACUUGAUGUACCUGUGAAAGCUAACUCGGAAUGUUCUCGAAUAUAUAGUCAGGCUGGUGUCAACCUCCAAGGGUCUCAGGUGUGUGCGGGAGGCGAGAAAGGAAAGGAUUCCUGUAGAGGCGAUAGUGGGGGUCCUCUGAUGAGCCUAUACGCUGAUGAAAAUGGAGAGAUUAACUGGUACUCUAUUGGCGUUGUUUCAUUCGGUCCGUCUCCGUGUGGAAUGCAAGGAUGGCCCGGAGUAUACACUAAAGUCGCCAACUAUGUACCAUGGAUAAUAAGUAAAUUGCGACCGUGAUAAUAAAAAUGAGUGACUGUUUUAGUAUACUUUUUUAUUUUUUGAUAUUUGAAUAGGAUUAAGAUGUAUAAGUAAAUUUCAAUUAUAAUUCUUUUUAUAC